AUGUUGAAAAAUCCAACCGCCGCACGAGGGCUGGGAGAGGACGCGAUGGGGGUGGGAGCGCGCAGAACACUGAUACGGGAGGCGGAGAGCUGGGUCCUACAGCUACACGUAGGGGCGGAGGACGCCGAGGCAACGGUGGAGUCAAUCGCAGUGGCGGGGGCCCGGUGAGCCCAUAGGGGCACGGCUUGUGCAGCACGGCGGGGCCAACGUUUUUUUAGCUUGCGACGUGGGGAAUGUUGUUGGACAAUGGAAGUUCAAUGACAGCCUGGGAAACGGGGAAGAGUUGCGUGGUUGUGUGUAAGCCUCAGCAGCUUUUGUUUGUUUUGUGUUUGCUCACAAGGGAGAUCAGGACCAGGUCCGAGAAGUGAGGAGGCUAGUGACGCUCAAUCGGGGUACAGAGCACACGGCGGAGCCAUCGCUCUUGAUUAGUGGAGAUGUAUAGUGAUGCGUACGUACCACUGUCCACGUUCCGUCGCGGUCCUGAAGUCAGAGCACUGACGCAUGGUCAGGCUCUGCGAGCAUAUUGAGAGAUUGCCAAGGGCUCGGGGUGGUGAACAAAGGACAUUGCCUUGCGCUCGCGUCGGGGUGCAAGGGCAUCUGCCCUCGUGAUAAGGGGGUUUCGGCCAGAGGACAGGGAGGUGGAAGUCAGAUGCGUACGAGCCAUACUCAGUUCAACAAAAGGGGGAGGGUUCCUCUGCGUUGAGUUUGAGGGGAUCAGAAGAAAGUAGCGUUCAGACAGCAAGGGGAAAACACGGCAUGGGGUAGUGGGACGAAGGUGCUCUGUUCUACUGUAUGGAGACCCUCAUGAACACCUCGGAUCGGGUAAAGGUGAAUAGUAGAUACCAUUUGGGGACUUGGUCGUCUGAGGUGUUUCGUACAGUAGGAAGACCCCGGGUGUUAUUCUUCGGGGAGAGAAUAGAGACAGCAUUAUGGUAGUACUGAUGGAGAGAGACACGGUAGAAGAGGCGCAGAGAGCGUCUGAGGG